UGUACAUACUGGUCGAUGCGUUUCCGUCUCGUGUUAUUUACUUAAUUUAAGAAAUAAUCUUUAGAUCUGCUGUGGAGGAUAACUUGAUUGAUCAUUGGUGAUUGCGAAUUUUGCUUUUUUAUUUAGUAUUUUAUAUUCGUUUUGUCGUUUCAGUAUGUGUUUGGUUGCUGAGAAAGUUAGGCAAGUAGGGAAAAAAGGGGGAUUAUUUCAUCUAGGUAUUCUGUUUUAGCUUGAUUUUCUUUUACCUUCCAAUUUUCGGGAAGAGAAGCUUGUGUUUCAGUUCUAUUAUCCUAGAAAGGAAAUAUCUACCCUAAAAUUUUGAUUAAUGAAGUUAUUUUUCUAAGCGUAAUUGGAAAAUUAUUUUCAUGGAAAUCAUGUUCAUUGCUUUGGUUAUCAGGUGCUAGGCAAUAAGUUACGGACUUGGAAUUGUCGUAUUGUGAUUUUUUUGGGAGUAAUAAUUGUUGUUUAAGAUUUGAGAAUAGGGUUUGACAUGUUGAUAUUACUUGAUAAUAUUAUAAUCUGAUGUGAGAAUUUAAGUUUUCGCGGUUGUUAGAUAUACCAUGGAAAGGCCGCGAUUUGGUGAUCAUCUAGAAGCAAUUAAGUUCAUCUGCAAGGAUUUCUGGUCUGAACUCUUUAAAAAGCAGAUAGAUAAUUUGAAGACAAAUCAUAGAGGUACCUUUGUAUUGCAAGACAAUCGGUUUCGCUGGCUUGCCCACAUGUCCAUGGAUCCAUUAUCUGAAAAGGAAACUGAGGAUCCUGCGGCUAUGGCUGAAAACAAGGCAGCACAAGCUAUAAGCAUGUACCUCUAUUUUCCAUGUGGAAUCAUAAGGGGAGCUCUUUCAAAUUUGGGCAUUCCUUGUGCAGUUUCUGCUGAUAUUUCAAACCUUCCUGCAUGUUCCUUCGUGGUUCGUAUAAAAGCUUGACGUGCACUUUGGCAGAGAAGUGAGGGUAGUUUGUAUUCAUAUUCGUGUUUUUCUCUACGAACACAUUUUGAUGUGAGAAUCUCUACAUGUUUGUGGAUCUGUCCCGAAUCUCCAAGCUUGUAGAAUCAGACUUGUCUUUAACAGGAACUCCCGUUCUCGAUCCGUCUGGGGGUAAGGACCUAUUAUCGAUCUCUGCUUGAAGUUUAGGUACCGAGAUUGUGAAUGGGUUUUUAAGCAAUUAGUUCUGAAGUAGUCUGGAUGAUUCAGAGAAGUCUGAUUCUUUUGGGUAAAAACUUAUAUAUCUCACUAACUAUAAUCCAUACUCACCUCUUUUUUUCAGUUUAUUCAGCAUGUAUAAUGUGAGAUCCAUAACAAAGCAAUGGGAAUUAUGUGAUUAUUAUUAUCUUAA